AUAGAAGAAGAAGAAGGCCAAGAUGCGCUGGUCGACUACGACAGCGAUAGCAGCUUUAUCACGGUAAUAGAUAGAGAAACAAAAGAUAAAAACGACGAGACAGUAAGAAAAGAUAGAGAAGCAAAAGACAAGAAGGAGACUGAAGCAAAGGGUGCAAUCCCGAAACGCGGCAAACCAAAGAUAAUAAAAAACAUAGAUGUGAAUAGAGAAUGGGCUGAUAAUCGUCCUGUACUACCUAUAGGGACAAAGAUACUUUACGAGAAACAAGAAAAGAUGGUUGAGAAAAUGGACAAUUCGAUGCAGAUGCUGGAUAAAGUAAUGAAGAAGGCCACCGAGAUGAUGGAGAAUAUGGUGGAAGUCUCCCGUUUAAAUUUAGAGAAAGAAAAAGUUAAACUUAGACGUUUAGAGUUAGAAGCAGAAACUAAAAACGAGAAUAAAGAAAAAUUAGAGAAACCCGAAGUCAGGGUACAGAGGGCUGCUGCAGAAGAGAACAUGAAACAAGUGAAAUGCUACAGAUGCAACCGAAUGGGUCAUAUGGCAAAGGACUGUCCACUAAUAGAAUUUGGUGCCUGGUUUUGUUACUACUGCCAGGAAGUACGAGGUCACAAGGGUGAUAAUUGUCCGAGUGCCGAAGCCCAGGCGAACAGAGCUAGAGGAAAAAGGUAUUUAAAUAAAACCGUUAAUAAAAACAUAAACAAAAAGGGUAGAUUUGUGCAAAAAGGCACAAAAAGAGUAGAUAACAAAGGGAAAAUAACCAAGAUACAACCAGCUGAGAAACCUAUAUCAACGAAAACAGCAAAUAAAGGAGAAUCAGAAGAAG